AUACUCCUUCUCUAGGUGUGGGGUGAUGACCUCAGUUAGUUCGUAGUCUGCAGGAUCCUUAUUCCAUGUUCCUAGUCUUAUCCUAGCUCUUGUGAGGUUUUCACAAUUCUCCGUUCAACCGGUCUUCGUGUGAGUGUUAGUCGUUAAAGUUCUGUUUUCCUUUCACCCUUAUAAAGCAGUAGCAGCUGACUGACUUCACCAAAUAUCCGCGCUACCGUCAGCAUCGAGCGACAAUGGGGAACGCGCAAGGCCGCGAUAAGGGUCGCAGCAGCAUGGAAGGGCGACCGGUGCCUGAGAGCGGGCGACGAUUGGCGUCGCGGCUGGGUCGAUCGCACUCCAACGACUCCAUGGGGAACAGCCCGCCUGACAGCCCUAGCGGCGCUGCGAGGUCGCCGCUCAUGUUCACUCCGCAAAUUCCCAUGGCACCUAUCCCCAAGGCGGAUGAGCUGUCUCUGGGGUCAGGCUUUGGAGGGUAUGGCGGUGAUGGUGCGGGAGGGCCUGGGGCGGACGGGGAGCAAGGAGUGCCGACACUCAUCACAUGGACGCAUGGAGGCAACCACGUGUCAGUGGAUGGGUCAUGGGACAACUGGACGACAAGGCAAGUUUUGCAGCGUGCUGGCAAGGACUUCACAAUUGUCAAGAUGCUGCCUCCUGGGGUUUACCAGUACAAGUUCAUUGUGGAUGAUGUGUGGCGGUAUGCGCCUGACCUCCCAGCUGUGUACGACGAGAUGGGAAACGUGAACAACGUUUUGGAAGUGCAGGAGUAUGUGCCGGAAAACCUUGACAAUGUAGCAGGAUUUGAACCUCCCCGGUCUCCUGUCUCCAGCUACAAUGACCCCUUUCCUGUUCCUGAAGAUUUUGCCAAAGAGCCACCCCUCCUUCCGCCUCAUCUCCAGCUCACCCUCCUCAACGUUCCUGUUGCCGGUGAUGCUCCCACGACAUUGCCUCGGCCGCAGCAUGUCAUUUUGAACCAUCUGUAUGUGGAGAAAGGUAAAGCAGCAAGGUCGGUGCUUGCUCUCGGGUUGACGCAUCGGUUCCGCUCCAAGUAUGUCACUCUUGUCUUGUACAAGCCACUCCAUAGGUGAUGUGACAAACUGGCACUCUCUGUACAGUUAUGUGCAUCUGUUCUUCGCUUGAUUCCAGUUUUUGCUAGCAGUUUCAGCCAAAUUCUGUUUAGGAACUUAUGUCAGUUCAGUGCUGAUGUUUCAGUCUUGGAUUUCUUGGCCUAUCUGAUAAGUCAUCACUGGAGAA